UAGAUUCUUGAAAUUUGAAGGAAAACUGUGCUGUUGUCUAACGCGAGUAGUAGACAAAUCGUGAGUUUACGUAUACACGCUCAAAGUUCUCAGAAUUUUGCAAUAUACUGUUCAAGCCUGUGCGCCAUGGAGAGUAAUGCACAAACACGCCACCGUGUCUCGACCAAUGGGAAACAAGGUACGACUUCGAAUAACAACAACAUAAAAAGUUCAUCGGCAACUGGCCAAUGGGGCAGAGCAUGGCGUGUGGAUGUUUGGACAUUCUUUGGAUGUCUUUUCGUUCUGUUCGUGUGCCCAAUUCUGCCGUUAACCUUUUAUGCAUCGUGUACCCACCACGAGUGUAGUCUGGUCGAAACAGCUUACUCUGUGUGGUCCGGAUCAUUGGAUUUUUCUUUACCGGCCGUUUCUGGUUUUGCCGCUCGGACAUAUUUUACCUGGAUUGCAUUUCAGAUUCUUCUUUCUGCAUUGCCCGACAUCGUACACUUGAUUCUACCACGUUACGUUGGUGGUAUUCAACCUGGCGCAGUUACACCAAGUGGGAGGGUUAAUAGAUACAACAUCAACGGUCUUCAGGCUUGGUUAAUUACACACAUACUAUGGGCGGCCAAUGCAUUUUACUUCAAGCUUUUCUCGCCAUCCAUAGUCUUCAAUAACAUGGGUGCUUUCUUGGUGCUUUCCAACAUAACUGGAUAUUGUCUUGCUACGUUUUGUUACAUUAAAGGUCGGUUAUUCCCCACUCAUGAGAAUGAUUGCAAACUAAGCGGACAUUUCUUGUACGAUUAUUUAAUGGGUGUUGAAUUUAACCCAAGGAUUGGGUGUUGGUUCGACUUUAAAUUAUUCUUUAACGGUCGGCCAGGCAUUGUAGCUUGGUCAAUCAUCAAUUUAUCAUUUGCUUCGCGUCAAUACGAGACCUUUGGUCACGUGACCGAUUCCAUGAUUCUUUUGAAUUUUCUUCAAGCAAUCUACGUCAUUGACUUUUUCUGGAACGAAACUUGGUAUUUGAAAACAAUGGAUAUUUGCCAUGACCAUUUCGGAUUCUACCUGGCCUGGGGCGACCUCGCGUGGCUGCCUAUUAUGUAUACUUUGCAGGGUUUUUACCUCGCAUACCACCCGGUCGAACUCGGAGUUAUAAAGUCAAGCCUCAUCUUAUUGCUAGGGUUGGUCGGUUACGUCAUAUUUCGAUCCGCUAACAGCCAGAAGGAUAAAUUUCGAAAGAAGAAAAAUAAAUGCAAAAUUUGGGGGAAAUCUCCCGAAUAUAUUGAGUGUUCUUAUACGUCAUCAGACGGGGUACGUCAUCAAAGUACACUUCUAGUAUCCGGUUGGUGGGGUGUAGCUCGUCACUUCAACUACACCGGAGAUUUGUUAGGGUCACUUGCUUACUGCUUAUGUUGCGGGGGUGACCACAUUCUGCCAUAUUUCUACAUCAUAUACAUGACCAUACUGCUGGUACAUAGGUUAUAUAGGGAUGAACACAGGUGUAAAUGCAAGUACGGGGAGUAUUGGACGCUCUAUGUUCAACGUGUGCCUUGGAGACUUAUACCUGGCCUGUAUUAAACGAUGGUGCUAUACCAGAGUUGAUUUGAACAUGCUAUAUUGGGACUGUGUUAUUGAAUUGAAAUAUUUAUACCCACGUUUCUGUAUUGGCUGUCUCUUCUUGUCAACUGUGAUUAAAAUUACGAAGAAUGUC